AUGGAAGAGGUGUUAAACCAACUGGAGGCUGAACUCGAAGGCUCCCCUGGUCUUCUUGAUGCUGCAGGUCAUAUUCGCGAGAGCUGUAUUAUGGUUGCCACCACAGUCGCCAGAACGAUGCUACCAAAUAUAGCAUAUGAGGACUUGCAUGAGGACUUAAGUAAAAGCGAAGUGCGUCUCGGAGAUUUGCUUUUCGAUCUAAAGAGCACUAUAGUUGUGGAACACCGAGUGGCAAUCGGGAUGAUCUGGGCGAGCGCCGUGACACGGGUUGCCUACCAGACGAGGUCGGACAGGAAGGACUACCCAACAGGAAUCUGGGUUGCGAUCCUGGUCCAAGUCGUUCAUAGGGAGGCUGCGGCUCUUGGUAUCGUGGAGCUCAGGAAGAUUGGAGGGGCCACGAAGGUUCGAGCGUCGCUCUGUUGA